AUGACGUUGGACCCGGAACGCCGCAUUAUCGAGGACGGUUCUAUAGUCAUCGACGGCCAACGGAUUGUGCAGGUAGGCAAGUCUACCGAACUUGCAUCAGUCCAGGCGGAACGGGUUAUCGACGCCAGCGAAAUGGUAGUGACCCCAGGGUUUUCCAACGGGCACAUGCACAUCAGCUACGCCCACGCCACACGGGGCAUUUUCCCCGACGACUUGGGCGCGGCCUAUUUGCCCAACGUGUUCAAGCUUCAAGGCGCUAUGACCGCCGAGGAGGAGUACUACACGUCCCUGUUGGCGAUUACCGAGCUAUUGAAAUAUGGCACCACUUGUUUCCUGGACCCGGGCAGCACCAAGUACCUGGACGCCUGUAUGCAGGCUUACGAACAGUCGGGCUGCCGCAUAGUCGUCGGUUGGCAGGUGGCGGACCGGCCCAAUCCCCUGAACAUCCCGGUGUCCACCACUGCGGACGCAGUCUCCAUGAUGGAAAGGACCGUUCAGGACUACGAUCACGGCUUGGAGGGCCGGGUGCGGGCGUGGGCCAUGCCCUUCUCAGCCUCGUACUCCAGCCGGGAGUUGCUCUCGGGGGCCAAGGACAUCGCCGACCGGUACAGCACCGGGCUGACGCUGCACUGCAACGGCAACUCCCAAGCCGUGGCGGCAAGUAUGAGCGAACACGGCAAGCGACCCACCGAGUUCCUGGAGGAGAUCGGUUUCCUGGGGCCCAAUACCCUACUGGCCCACGUCCUGGGCUUGGAUGAGGCGGAAGUAGACUGCAUGGCUCGCACACAAACUAACGCUGUCAUGUGCCCCACCGCAGCGGUCAAGGGCGGGUCCGGCAUGACCAGAGACGGGCUCUUGCCGGAGAUGUUGCAAAAGGGUGUCACCGUAGGGUUGGGGACCGACGCGGGCAACAACUCCAACCUCAUCGAGACCAUGCGUUCCAUGUACUUGGCCGCCGUGCUGUACAAGGACGGCAGGCAGGACGUGGGGAUGAUUCCGGCGGAGACCGCACUGGAGAUGGCCACCAUCCAAGGGGCAAAGGCCCUUGGGCUGGGUGAAGAGGUCGGCUCGAUUGAGGUCGGCAAGAAAGCGGACCUUGUGUUGUUCGACACCAAGCGUCCGGAGUGGAGGACCAUCUUCAAUCCGGUGAACAACCUGGUGUACAACGCCGACGGCAGAAGCGUCCAUACCGUCAUAGUCGACGGCAAGGUGGUCGUGGAGGACCACAAUCCCCUGUUUGUCGAUGAGUGGGAACUGAUCCAAAGGGUGCAACGAAUAGGCCAAGACCUGAUGGAACGUACCGGGGUCAACUUUCCGUCGCGCUGGCCGAUAGUGUAG